AUGUCGGCGCCGCUGCCGUCCGUACACCUGGCGGCGCCGCCGACCGCAGGGACCGCAGCAGCACAUAGGCACAGGGCCAGUGCUACCGCCUCGCUGUGGGGCUACCGCCGUUCAAGCCUCGACUCCGAGGGCUCAGACCAGGGGCUUGGGCUCUGGGACCACAGCAACGUCGCCCACAUGCGCCUGAAUGCGGCAGCGGCGGCAGCCGGCGGAAUUCCGAUCGCUCUUGCGGCUGCAUCAGCAGCUUCCGGGGGUAUGGCGGUAACAGCAGUCACACCCAUGAAUCCAGCAGGACUGGUGUCUCCUGAUGGUGCUACACCCCAGCCAAGCCGCCAACAAGACCCACAGCAGCAGCGUCAGCCCAAGCAGCAGCAACCAGCCCAACCAGUACUUUCCGACCAGGAACCAAACCGCGCCUCCGGUACUGCAGCAGAACCGUCACCAAUGGAAGCGGAGCCUAACGGGGUGAAUACUGACAGUGGCAGUGGUGGCAGCGGCACCAUGCACUCUCCGGGUAAGGCCGCGGCUGCAUCACCGCUGGGCACAUCCCUGCAGAGGCCCCUGCCAUACAGCGCUGCUGCUGACUCUCCAAAAUCCCCGACGGUGGCGCAUGCGUCCACAUCAAGUUCGUCGGCGGUGGCCCGUGGUGCCGCCUCUCACGGCAGCGGGGCUAGCGGCCGCGGCCACGAUGCGCCUGCCGUCGGACGCUCGCCCAGCAGGCUCAUGGCUCCAGGGACAGGGUCGGCGUGGAAGGAAAACGGCGGGCUGGCACUGCUCAACCUCCACGGUCACCAGCAGCACCUGCUGCAGCAGCACCUUCAGGAGCUAGGGGCGAAGGCAAAGGCGGGGGCAGUGGUGGAGGCGGAGGCCGAGGCGGAGGCGGCAUUGGCGGCAGCGCAGACCUUCAGUCUGCGGCGUACGGCAUACAACGACUGGGUGGACGGCAUUCCGCUGGCGGAUGCACGGCGCGGCGCAACAAACAUGGGUGUGGGCGGGGUUGUGGCGAGCGGAUUGGAGGGCAAGGCAGUGGUACUGAAGAAGCAGCCGCCGGAACGCGGUACGGCGCUCUACUUUAAGCCAUCCAACAGGAAGCCGUUGCUAGGGGGCGAUAUAUUGCAUGUAUUGUAG